UAUUCUUCUCAGCCUUCCUUUCAUUUAUAAUCUGUCCAAUCUCCUUUGUCUUCUUCUCUUGGGAAACAAUAAAAAAUGGAUACCAAGUUCCUUUACUACGAUAAAUCGGAUGAUGAGAAUGUUAUCUCUGUGGAAGAUGGGAAAUGCACGAAGAGAAUUGCGUGGUUUCUGAGACCUUGCACCCGAAAAUUAAGCCAGGUCGCAGCCAUUCCUAAAGAACCAUUGUUGGCUGAGAUUUCCAGUUCAAAGGAUCGUCUUCCAAGGGUCAUUCUUAACGACCCUGUCUAUCCACGCCAAGCAUGGGAAGCAUGGAUCGAAGAGUUAGCCUCGAAAUAUGGAUGCAGUUGGAAGAAUGAAACUGGAAUCUACAAUUCAAUCAUGAGUUCCAAAUACAAAGUGAUGUGGAACAAGGAGAGAGUGCUCGGGUUGGUGGAGUUCUGGUGCCCGGGUACUAACACCUUUGUUUUUCCUUGGGGGGAAGCCACAGUUACUUUAGAAGACGUAAUGAUUUUAGGUGGAUUUCCGGUUACCGGAGAAUCCAUCUCGAUUCCCCUGACGGAAGAACAGACCAACAUUGUGUCGGAAAUGUGUGAAUUCAGCUUGGGUUUUUCUCACAAGGCCAAAAGCAAGUUUCGCGGGUGGCAAGAUGAUUUGAUUGAAUUCAAGGGAUUGGAUAAAUUCCACCAUGCUGGAUUCCUGGCUCUGUGGUUGUCUAGGUAUGUUCCUUCUCCUCCAGAGGAUACUAAAAUGAGGAAGAAUGUCUUCCAUAUUGCUGCCCUGCUCUCAUGUCCAAGCCAGAGGACCAAAUUAGCUCUUGCUCCGGCGGUUCUCGCAACCCUUUAUAAGAAUCUCACCUCGUUGCGAGACAAGAUGGUAAGGAGUUGUUCUCGUUCAGUUAUCGCUGUCAAUGCCGCGGCGCCACUUCAGCUGCUGCUGCUCUGGGCAUUUGAACACUUCCCUACUACUCUGGCACCAAGUCUUCCUAAUCCACUACAUCCUGGCCAGCCAAGGGCGGCUCGUUGGCACAACUUGAGGGCUCGGGAUCUUACUGUUGCUCAAGUUCGAGAAGCGAUUACGCAGCCGAAAAACUUCGAGUGGCGACCUUAUGCUGCUGAUUAUGAUAAUUGGGCUCACUUAGUAUACUACGGGGGAACAGAUCAUCCAAACAAAGACGAAAAUGAGAAGCUGAUGUCGUAUUUUAAGUGCUUGAGGCCUUGUAAAUUGGUCGGAAUAAAACCGGAUUGUGAAGAAAAGUAUCAACCCCAAAGGGUAGCAAUGCAAUUCGGGUUAGAUCAAGAUCUUCCCCUUGAGUCUUCGCCUCUUGAUUCUCUGUUUGAACGAUUGGUAUUGCUUAUCCCGCCAAAGUCUUUCAAGGGUGGAGUUUCUGAAAGAUAUCUCCAAUGGUGGAAUGCUUCCAAGAGUGCUCGACAAAAGGCCGUGUCAACGUUAUCAGCAUUAAUAAUAAAAGAGUAA